AUGGUAGCAGCAAGCACGCGCGCCUCAUCGGCCGCGAAAGCCUCCUCUUCGAAACUCAAGUCUUCUUCCCACUCCUCAUCGUCCUCAUUCGCAUCCUCGCCAGCAUCAAGGAUCAAGCAUCCAGUAACAACAUUGCUCGUCCAAUCUCGCGCCAAGAAGCUGCUCGCAAAGACGAAGAAGAACAAAGGCAGCAACAAGUUUCGCGACUCCGAAAAGAGAGAGCAGCUCGACGGACAAACAAUAGAACUCUUGCAAGAGCAACCAACAAGCAGCGAGAAGGGAGAAGGAGAUUCUUUCUCAUACAACCUGCCAUCGAGGACAGAUCAGAAGAGAACAAGAGCUCAGAUCGAUGAAGCUGCGUUGGCGUUAGACCUCUUGAUGAAGUCUUGA